GAUUGAUCGAAUUGAAUAAUGGCAACAACUAAACGUAUAAUAAACAACUCAAUUGCUGUGCUGAGAAUACUUACUCUCUGGGCAUGUGUAGCUGCAGUUGUGCUUAUGGUUACCAACAACUUCAAACUUGAUGGAGACAAAACCAAAUUCAGUGACAUCAAAGGCUUCAGAUAUGUGUUAGCAGCGGCAGCAGGGGGAGUUUUGUAUUCAUUAAUUCAGCUGCCUUUCGCAGUGUAUCAAGCUGUGAAGGAGAAGAGGUUGAUCAAUGGCCAGUUUCUGCCAAUGUUUGAUUUUUAUGGAGAUAAGGUGAUAGCAUUCUUGUUGGCUAGUGGAGUUGGAGUUGGAUUUGGCGUUAGUAUCGAACUCAAACAAUUAAUAGACCAAUUAGUUGAUGGCUUCGAUUCUUUAGGAGUAACUGGACUUGAUGAAUUUGAGGACAAGACCAAAAAAUAUCUUGAUAGGGGUAUUAUUGCCAGUGGAGUCCUCCUUGUUGGUUUUGUUACAAUGGCUAUACUCACCAUUCUUACUUCUGCCAAUCGCAAUGGAAGAGGCUUUUAGUCCUCACUAAAUGGGAAAUAAAACUUUGUUUUUUCUAUAAUCAUUUCAUUUUGAGGUAUAAUAUAUACUCUUGUAC